GAGUUCGUCCGCGGGGGUCACCAUGGGCAGCAAGAUGGCGGCGGCCAGCAGGGUCGUCGAGGCAGUGAAGCCCCACACACCAUUAAUUAAGUUCCCCGACAGAAAAAACAGCCCCAAACUCAACGUCACCGACGCCCUACAGUCGAUGGCGUCGCCGCCGCCGGCCGCCUCCCCGCCGCGGCAUCCCGCGGGAGGGAGACCGCCGGGCUUACCCAUCAGCCGGGGCCCGCCGGACACGGCCGAAAUCGUCAAAACGUUACCUCAGAAAUACAGGCGGAAACUCAUGUCGCCCGAGGAGAUGGAGUUCAUUACGCGCGGAGGUCCUGAAUAGUCCCUGAAGACCCCCCUCAUUUCCCGUUCUCAGGCAGAAAAGCAACUGUUGUCUUCACAGUAAAGGCCUUCCCCCAAAUCACAAACGCUAACCGUACACGGGAUCCUUUGAAUAAAGACCCUGGAGAAAUGGUAAGAAGCGACCGACGAUUCAGAGACACUCUGCGCCGCGGUUGUCGCGUUGUUAGAUCAGCUUGGCUGGAAGAAACCAGCCGAAGAAUUGAGUAUUUCAACUGAUUAAAAUAGAGGCUUUUUCCCUA